UCUAAACUGCAAUGAAUUUAUUCAAAUAUCAUGUAAAGAUAGUCUAACUUAAUUCCAAAAGGUAGGGGAUAAUUUUCCAAAUUCAUUGAAGAAAAUCACCGUACAUUCCCAACCAACGUGUAACUCUAACACAAAAAAAAAACAGUUAGCCCAACGAAUACAUCAACAAGACUAUUAUGAGUGACAACCAAAAGCUAUGAUAACCCCUUAUCUGAGCAGCUGUGUUAUGCUAUUCACUUUUUUCUUUUGACUCUAGCGUUUACCUGCGGCAAAAUGCAAUCCUCUUUCAAUCUUAUUCAACUUUAUAAUAUAAAAUGGAUUUUAAUAUUUGUUGUUUGAACAGGCUCACUAUAUAGACAUCUUUGGCAUGAUCACCACUCAAGCUUUUGACUUCUGAAACAACUAAUUAAUAAAUGUAACUCGCUAUGUCUUUGCUAUUUAUAAAUUCUAAUCAAGCAAGUAUAAUAUAAGUGGUGUAUCCGUGUUGAUAUUCAUUCUUGAAAAAUAUGGACAAUAUCCUCCUACUCUUCUUUGUCUUUUUUCUUCUCUUUUCAUCUGUCUAUGCAAAAUAUGAUUGCCCCCUGGAUUCCAUUUGUGGAAACAAUCGUUUCGAUAUACGAUUUCCUUUUGGAUUACAGAGGCCACAAAAUCUUCAACAUUGUACAUAUCCUGGUUUCAAUCUCAAAUGCAACAAUCAAGGCAGAGGAAUUCUAAAUCUUCCAGGUGCAGGGGAUUUCUAUGUACGCGAUAUCAACUACCUCACACAAGAAAUUCAACUCUACGAUCCAUCUAAUUGCCUUCCGAAAAGGCUUACUGAUUUUCAAAUGCCUUCUCUUUCUGUCUUCAAGUCUGUUUCCUAUCGGAACUACACUUUCUUGACUUGUUCGACAGGUUUAGUCAGGUCUCGGUUCAGUGUUAUUGAUUGUAUGAGCAAUUCUACGAUCUCCACUUUGGCUACUUCUUCAACGAGCCUUGCAAACCAAAUGAAAAGGUUGUAUAAUUGCAGUGUUAAAAGCACCGUGUCUAUUCCUGUUUCGUGGACGCCUGAAAAUGAUGCAGUUUUUUCAACUGACCUUAAUAAUGAUCUUGUGUUAACCUGGGAUGAACCAAAUUGCAAGGAAUGUGAAUUAAAACGAAAUUAUUGUGGAUUUAAAAAUGCAACUACUGGAAAAAUUCGGUGCUUUGAUGCUUCUGGAUCAGGCAAUGCAGAGAAUAUAAAAAUAUUCCGAAUUAUUGCACUAGCCUUAGUGAUACCAGCCAUCUUAUGUUCAAUGUGUGUGGCAUUUUACAUCUGUUAUGACCAAAGGCGAGAGAUCCGGCAAUCGUUGUUUGAUCUCCCGGCCACUAAUGGUGGUGGAGCAGCCGUUGUACCACAUGAAGCAGAAAUCACUACAGGCCUGGAUGAUUCAACUAUCGAGUCGUACACAAAAGUUGUUCUAGGAGAAAGUCGAAGAGUUCCAGGGAAAAAUCAUUUGACUUGCUCAAUAUGUCUAGCAGAUUACCAUCCAAAAGAGACAGUCAGAUGCAUACCUGAAUGUGAACAUUGCUUUCAUGCUGAAUGCAUUGAUGAAUGGUUAAAGAUUAAUGGGACUUGUCCUGUUUGUAGAAAUAAUCCUUCCCCUGUACAUGUUAAUUUUGUAUAGUACAUUAUUUCCCCACAUCUCUAUUCUUGUCUGUACAUCCACUUAUCUUUCAAAUUAUACAUUUUUUUUUGUUACUGAUAGAAAAAUAGGAAAAUACAAUCGAAAGAAGAAAUGAU